UCUAUUUAUAGCUCUCUGCAACAAGACUGCAACCGUAUCUUCUCUUUUGUACGUCUCCGCCUUCUCUUUCUUUCUCCGACGUGGAUCGAUCUCCUCUCAUUCCUCUGCCGCCGCCGGUGAUUAGAUUGUGGGUCCCCCAGCAGCAGAGGAUGGACAUAUCAACGGCUCUCAUGCUCUUAUCAAUAGCCGCGGCUUAUUUCUUCUGGUUCAGAUCAAUCACGAAGCCGCUCAGCGGUCCACGUGUCUGGCCAUUAGUAGGAAGCUUACCAGGUCUAAUUCAAAACUCAAAUCGCAUGCAUGAAUGGAUCGCCGAGAAUUUAAGGAAGACCGGCGGUACGUAUCAAACAUGCAUAUGUGCAAUUCCAUUUUUAGCCCGAAAACAAGGACUCGUGACCGUCACUUGCGAUCCCAAGAACCUCGAGCAUGUACUUAAGCAGCGUUUCGAGAAUUAUCCCAAGGGUCCGACGUGGCAGGCGGUUUUUCAUGAUCUACUUGGAGAGGGUAUCUUCAAUUCAGAUGGAGACACUUGGCUAUUCCAACGUAAGACCGCCGCAUUGGAAUUCACCACUAGAACGUUAAGGCAAGCCAUGGCUAGGUGGGUGAGCCGAUCGAUUAAGAUGAGGUUUUGUCCCAUACUCAAGACGGCUCAGCUUGAAGGUAAGCCGGUUGAUCUUCAAGAUCUUUUACUUCGGCUUACCUUUGAUAAUAUAUGCGGCUUGGCUCUCGGUAAAGAUCCUCAUACCCUGUCUCCCGGCUUGACGGAUAACGAAUUCUCGUCGGCUUUUGAUAAAGCCACGGAAGCAACUUUACAGAGGUUUAUUUUGCCUGAGGUGGUUUGGAAGCUGAGGAAAUGGCUUGGGCUUGGGAUGGAAGCUGAGAUGAGCCGAAGCCUUAACCACGUCGACAAAUACAUGACUGACAUCAUCAAUACACGUAAGAUGGAACUGUCCAGUCAUCAACUAAACGGAGGGGUCCCACAUGAUGAUCUGUUAUCUAGAUUCAUGAAGAAGAAAGAUGGUUACUCCGAUCAGUUUCUUCAAUACGUUGUACUCAAUUUCAUGCUCGCCGGCCGGGAUACUUCCUCCGUCGCACUCAGCUGGUUCUUUUGGCUGGUCAUGCUUAACCCUAGGGUUGAGGAUAAGAUCAUUCUCGAACUCUGUUCCACCCUCGAGGAAACCCGCGGCGGCGGCGCCGGCGGCGACAUCUCAAAAUGGUUUGAAGAGCCUCUUGUGUUUGAAGAAGUCGAUAAAUUAGUAUAUCUAAAGGCGGCGCUGACUGAAACCCUAAGGCUAUACCCAUCGGUGCCGGAGGAUUCGAAGCACGUGAUAGCCGACGAUGUACUUCCAGACGGGACUCACGUGCCGGCAGGUUCGUCGAUUACCUACUCUAUAUAUUCGACCGGACGUAUGAAAUUCAUAUGGGGAGAAGAUUGCUUGGAAUUCAGACCGGAGAGGUGGCUUUCUUCUGAUGGAACCAAAUUCCUGACGAAUAUCGAUUCCUUCAGAUUUGUGGCGUUCAACGCCGGCCCGAGGAUUUGUCUUGGGAAAGAUCUAGCUUAUCUGCAGAUGAAAUCUAUCGCUGCCGCGGUUUUGUUACGUCACCGGCUCACGGCGGCGGCCGGACAUAGGGUGGAGCAGAAGAUGUCGCUGACUUUGUUUUUGAAGAAUGGGCUUAAGGUGAAUGUAAAUCCGAGAGAUCUGAAUCCGAUUAUUGCUAAUUUGCGAAAGGGACAGCCGGAGAGUCUCGCCGCCGCCGGCGGUAAUAAUGCGGUGGUGGUUUAGAAAGUUAUAGCGGUGGCUGAUGUGGAUACGUACGCACGCACAGGAUAUAAUAGUAAUAAUAUACAUAUAUAUAUAUUAUACUUGGGCGAGACAGAGGAAAACAAUCUCAUCCGUUGAACUUGCAUUUUCUAUAUAAAAUCAAUGGCUGCAAAGGGAAGUAAUUAAGUAUUAAUAAAUAUUA